AUGAAGCUUGUUCGGUUUUUGAUGAAGCUCAACAAUGAGAGCGUGACCAUUGAACUGAAGAAUGGCACGAUCGUCCACGGCACUGUGACAGGUGUGGACGUACAGAUGAACACACACUUAAAAGCCGUCAAAAUGACGGUCCGCGGUGGUGAGCCGAUUUCUUUGGAUACCUUGUCGAUCCGUGGCAACAACACGCGAUACUGGAUCCUGCCUGAUGCGCUGCCUCUGGAUACUCUGCUUGUCGACGAUGCGCCGCGGCCGAAGGGCAAGCGGAAGGACGAAGCAUCGACGCGCGGACGUGCAGACCGUGGGCGCGGUGCGCGUGGUGGGCGUGGCGGCCGUGGGCGUGGACGUGGCCGGCCGUAA